AUGUCGGAAGCCAGGGAAGAGGGUAAAAUACCCUCUACCAAGAGACCAUGGCUUUCACGACUGAAUCCUCUGAAGAGGAGAAGACCGCCCCCGAUUCCCGACGAGAGGGUGGAAUCACCCGAAUACAAAGCUAAUAUCGCGAGUUUGAUUACAUGGCAAUGGAUUAAUCAUCUCAUGUUUGUCGGGUACAAUAGACCCCUUGAAGAGAAUGAUAUUCCGCGCGUGAACGCCAGCCGCUCAAUCGAUGUGAUUGCCACGAAAUUGCAAGCAAACUUUGAAAAACGAGUAAAAUCCAAAUCGAAACACGCGCUUGUCGGGGCCAUCUAUGAAACCUUCAAAUUCGAUAUUGUCCUCGGCGGCGUGUGCUGUGCGAUUGGAAGCGUGACACAGAUUAUAUUACCAUACCUGUUGAAAUAUUUGAUUGCGUUUGCGACGGAUGCGUACCUGUCACGGUAUACUCAUCAGCCAGAGCCGUCAGUUGGGAAGGGUCUCGGAUGGGUUUUUGGUUUAUCGGCUAUGCAGAUUCUGGCGAGUAUCGGUAAUAAUCAGUUCAUGUACCGAGGAAUGGUGGUUGGAGGCGAAAUUCGUGCUGCUCUUAUUUCGCUUAUUUUCAGCAAGGCGAUGACCAUCUCCGGCCGAGCAAAGGCUGGUUGGAAACCGUCCAAGACGCCCCCGGCUGAUAUUACCCCUGGAAGCGACGAAGAGAAUGCAUGGUAUGCUGAACAGUUGGAGGAAGCUCAGAUGAGUGUACAGGGGUGGAGUAACGGUCGAAUCAUCAAUCUCAUGUCUACUGAUACGAAUCGUAUUGAUAAGGCUGCCGGUUGGUUUCAUUUCAUCUGGACCAUUCCUCUGACCGUUCUCAUCACUAUCGCUCUCCUCCUGGUCAAUCUGACGUAUAGUGCCCUUCCUGGUAUUGGACUCUUCUUCCUUUCAGCUCCGCUCUUAGCGUUGGCCGUGAAACGAAUCUUCCAGACUCGAGCAAGAGUCAACAAAUUCACCGACGAGAGAGUCAGUUUGACCCAAGAAGUUCUUCAAGCUAUCCGUUUCGUCAAAUAUUAUGCUUGGGAAUCGGACUUUCUGAAUCGUAUCUCGGCCAUUCGCCACAAGGAAAUUCGCGGCGUGCAGGUCAUGUUUAUGAUUAGAAACCUCUUAACUGCAAUCGGUACCUCGGUUCCAAUGUUUGCGUCGAUGUUGGCUUUUAUUACAUACUCUCUUACGAAUCAUUCGUUGGUUCCUGCGUCUAUUUUUUCGUCGUUGUCGCUUUUCAACGGUCUUCGACUCCCGGCUAUGUUAUUGCCCAUGGUUAUCGCCUUGGUAUCGGAUGCUUCUUCGGCUGUCACCAGAAUCGAAGAGUUUUUGCUUGCCGAGGAUACGCAGGUUGAAAUGCAACCACAGACAGUCGACAGCGAGAAUGCGGUUUCUAUGGUGGACGCCGCAUUUACAUGGGAAAAGGCUGUUGAUGAUAAAGAUCAUAAAAAAGGGGCCCUAGGCAAGGAGGCGAAGAAUAAGAAUAAGAAGAACAAGAAAGGCGUGGGAAAGACAGAGAAGAUAUCCGAAAAGACAGAGAAAUCCAGUGAAACAUCCUCAACGGAUGGAGACGGAAAGGCUCAUGAAGACGCGACAGCAAAAGAACCGUUCAAGAUCCACGGCCUCAAUGUCCAGGUCGCAAAGAGAGAAUUCCUAGGAGUUGUAGGAAGUGUAGGAUCCGGCAAGACAUCUUUCCUUGCAUCCCUAGCCGGCGAGAUGCGCAAAAUCAGUGGAGAUGCCGUCAUUGGAGGGUCGAAAGCGUACUGUCCUCAAAACGCAUGGAUCCAGAAUGCCACUGUCCAAGAUAACAUUACCUUUGGUCAAGAGCUGGAUGAAGAGAAAUUCAAAAGAGUUGUCGAAGCAUGUUCUCUUCGCCAUGAUCUACAAAUUCUUCCCAACGGUCGCUAUACGCAGAUUGGUGAGCGGGGUAUCAACCUGUCAGGGGGACAAAAGGCUCGUAUCAGCUUGGCUCGAGCAAUCUAUGCGGAUACCGAUAUUCUCUUGCUUGACGAUCCUCUCUCGGCUGUUGAUGCUCAUGUCGGUCGUCACAUUAUGGAAAAUGCUCUCUGUGGAUUACUGCAGGAUAAAUGCCGUAUUCUCGCUACACAUCAACUUCACGUUCUGCACCAUUGCGACAGAAUCAUUAUGAUGGAGAAUGGAAUGAUAGUCGCCAACGACACGUUUGAUAAUCUUUUCGCCCACAACGAGAGAUUCAAAGAGAUGAUGACCACGGUGAAUCAAGAUCACAAGGACGAGGAAGUCGAAAUGCCCGCUGCACCUGAGACAACUGUUCAAAAAAUCGCAUCCAUCGCAAAACAGCCGGGCGAGGAUCUGAUUCAAGAGGAAUCUAAUUCUGCUUCGGGAGUGUCUACUGGGAUUUAUUUCAGAUACUAUGCAGCUGCAGGAUCGGUGCUGCUUCUUCCGAUGAUUGUGUUGCUAUUGAUUUUGUCACAGGGUGGUGCUAUAGUUACCAAUUUGUGGUUGGCUUGGUGGACGUCCAACAAAUUCCACUUCCCUACCGGAACAUACAUUGGUGUCUAUGCUGCACUAGGUGUCGGCCAAGCAAUCCUGCUCUUCAUUUAUACCACUUCACUUUCCAUCACAGGUACCCGAUCCAGCAGACAGUUACUGAAACGUGCUAUUCGCCGGGUUCUACAUGCACCUGUAUCAUUCUUCGAUACUACCCCUCUUGGACGAAUCAUGAAUCGGUUUUCUAAAGACGUGGAUACUUUGGAUAACAACAUGACUGACUCGAUGCGAAUUGCCACUAUAACCAUGGCUCAAAUCAUUGGCGUUUUCAUUCUGAUUAUCGCGUAUUACUAUUACUUUGCAGCUGCCCUUGGACCCUUGCUCGUGAUGUAUAUCUCGCUUGCUCUGUUCUACAACACAUCUGCCCGAGAGAUUCAGAAACACGAGUCGAGACUACGCGGACGCCUAUUUUCUCGAUUCAAUGAAUCUAUCUACGGCACAGCAACGAUCCGAGCAUACGGCCGUUCGGCUUCGUUUGUCAAGUCCAUUAAUAAUGACAUUGAUCAGAUGGACAGUGCUUAUUUUUUGACCUUUGCCAAUCAGCGUUGGCUCGCUGUUCGACUCGAUGUUCUUGGUGUGAUAUUGGUGUUUGUGACUGAGAUUCUAGUCGUUACAGACCGGUUUAACGUCUCACCAAGUAUCAGUGGUCUAGUACUGUCGUACCUCUUGACUAGUGUCCAGAUGCUUCAAUUCACAGUCCGACAAGCAGCAGAUGUCGACAAUAAUAUGGACUCAGUCGAAAGGAUUGAUUACUAUGGACGACAGAUCGAGCAGGAAGCUCCUGCGCAUACUAUACCUGUUCCAGAAGAAUGGCCUAGUCGGGGAGAAGUGAUCUUCCAGAAUGCGCAUCUCAGAUAUCGUCCGAGAUUACCGUUUGCUCUAGAAGAAUUCAACUUGCAUAUUCAACCGGGCGAGCGAGUGGGCAUUGUUGGUCGUACCGGCGCCGGAAAAUCGACUAUCAUCAUGGCGCUCUUCCGUAUGGUCGAGUUGGCAGAAGGUUGUAUUAUCAUGGACGGUAUCGAUAUUAGUGCUAUAGGCCUGAAUGAUUUACGGUCUCGCAUGUCCAUUAUCCCGCAAGACCCGACCUUGUUCAGGGGUACCAUUCGAUCAAACUUGGACCCAUUCAAUACUCGCACCGACGAAGAAUUAUGGGCAGCUCUCCGACAAUCCCAUCUCAUCGACGACACUACCUCCACCGAAACGACAACCAACAAAGCAACUAAUAAUAAUAAAACUCAACCAUCCCAAAUAACACUAGACUCCAUCGUCGAAGAAGGCGGCAACAACUUCUCCCUCGGCCAACGCCAACUCCUCGCCCUCGCCCGCGCGCUCGUACGCAACAGCAAAAUCACAAUCUGCGACGAAGCAACCAGCUCAAUCGAUUUUGAGACCGAUCUCAAAAUCCAACGGGCCAUGUCGGAGGGUUUCAAGGGGAGAACAUUACUAUGUAUUGCGCAUCGACUCAAGACGAUUAUUGGGUAUGAUCGGAUCUGUGUUAUGGAUCGCGGCAGAGUUGCGGAGGUUGCGACUCCGUUGGAGUUGUUUGAUAAGGGGGGGAUAUUUAGGAGUAUGUGUGAGCAGAGUUCGAUUACGAGGGAGAUUAUAGUGGCUUCUAAAUUGGAGUCUGCUGUCGAUGGGGAUAAGGGGGGGAUGUAAAUGAAAUUGUUGUAUAUAGAAUCAGACGUAUCGUCACAUAUAA